UCACCACAGGCAGUUGGAACAGAGGAACAUUUCAAUUUGACAAAUAUCGAGGGACAUUGUUGCCAGGUCUAAAGGAUAGAGAUUUAGACAAAAGAGAGACAACAGGAAUCAAUUGUUGAUUCAACAGAUUUCCAGUUUCAACAAGCUCUUAAUCCUCAAUCAUGUUGUUGGUCUGCCUUCUUGUCCUUGGCUUAACUGCCAGCUCUCCGUGUGUUGCUGCCCCACCAAGGGACUAUGUUUCUGAUCAGCGGGCAGUUUUCACUGGGUCCACCAGAAACAAGCUGCUGCUAAUCUCCUUCGAUGGCUUCCGCUACGACUAUGACCGCAUCACUGAAACCCCUAACCUGGACAAGAUGGCACAAGACGGGGUGAAGGCAGCCUAUGUUACUCCAGCCUUCAUCACAAUAACCUCACCUUCACACUUCACAAUGCUGACAGGACGUCACAUUGAGAAUCAUGGAGUUAUCCACAACAUUUGGUUCGACACUGCCACUCAGCAGAAGAAGCAGUACUACGAGGCUCAGUUUGUUGAUUCCUACUGGGACAAUGGCAGUCUACCCAUCUGGAUAACAGCACAGAGACAGGGACUAAAAGCAGGCUCACUGCAUUUCCCUGGCACAGCAGCCACCUACAAAGGAGAGACUGUGAGCAUGAGGGAGGUAGAACCUCCUUUCUAUGAUUACUCGAAUGAGACCAACUGGAGGCUGAAUGUUGACAAGGUGAUUGGAGAGUGGUUCCAUCAACAAGACCUGGACUUUGUCUCUUUGUACUUCGGAGAACCAGAUUUGGCUGGGCACUCAUAUGGACCAGAUUCACCAGAAGUGCGGGAGAUGGUCCGGCAAGUAGAUCGUACUAUAGGUUACAUUCGCGGCAAGAUCCAAGACCAUGGCCUUACUGACCGGCUCAACAUUAUCAUCACCUCUGACCAUGGUAUGAAUACAAUCCUAAAGGGUGGAAUAGUUGAGAAGAUUAUCCUCUCAAAGAUCCCUGGCUUCAGCUUCAGAGAUAUCCAGUUCCAACUGUUGGAUUAUGGUCCUGUUGGGAUGCUGCUCCCUAAAGAGGGGAAGCUGGAGAAGGUAUACCAAGCUCUGAAAGGAAGCCACCCUAACCUUCAUGUGUAUAAGAAAGAGGAUGUACCAGCUAGGCUGCACUACAGUAAUCAUCCUCUUCUCCUGCCCAUCAUCCUUAUUGCUGACCCUGGAUACGUUGUUAAUGGGUUAUUACCUUUGCACAACAACAAAGGAGACCAUGGCUUUGAUAAUGAAGCCAUGGAUAUGAAAUCCUUCUUCAGGGCAGUGGGGCCUGACUUACAGAAAAACCUGUUGGUACAUCCCUUUGACAUGGUUGAUGUGUACCCACUGAUGUGCAAUCUACUGGGAAUCGACCCAGAGGUCAACGAUGGACACUUGGACAAUACCAAACACAUGCUCUUUCCCAAGAAAGACACAGGAGACAAAGUUUUUCCAGAGAGGAACAGUCAAAAGGAGGUGAUGACUGGCUUUUCAGCAGCGAUUGGAUGUCUUGCACUUGUGUUCAUCAUCUCUACAUCUUAUUACAUGUGGAAAAGGAAUAAAGCAUAAUGAAUUUUGAAAGUGAUCUUGAGGCGUUAAAGUCCUGUAGAUGAAGAGCAAACAUCCCUGGUUUGUGUAACAAUGUGUUUAAUGCUUGGGUGAUGAGUGCAUUGAUUGAUAUUUCAAUAAAAAUUCUGAGCACCAACCCAGAGAAUUUAAAGCAGCUGAUAAUUUUCUAUUGUUCGGUGUAGCUCAGCUGAUUCUGGGUUGGUGCAGCUACAAAGAAUUCAGUUUAAUAUUCAGUGCAUUAAGCUUUAUAUAUAGAAUGGAAGACAAAUGGCUUUACUUACUGACUGAGGGUCCAUGUUGUAAAGCAUGGAGGUGUUUACGUCGGAUUAAUAAAGUGUUUUUUAGUGUUAAUGGUGUUUGCUGCAGUAACUUUGGUCAUAUCUAUUAUAAUCUUUCUUUCUCUUUCUGCAACAGAGACACACACUGCUGUACACACAGUUACACACAGGCUGAGUAUCUGAUCAGUUAAACCUGAUGGGGGAUCCCUAAGUACAUUAUCAGAACCUGUUUUUUAUCUGCUAGAAGUAAAAGUUUAAGUGUCUUUUACUCAGAACCUUACUCUGCUUAUAAAAUGUUUUAUAGCUUAAAAAUGCUCUUAAAUAUCAGAGCAGCAGAGAUCUUCUACAGCAGAGAUCUGUAGAAAUAUCAGCAGAGAUCUUCUAUAAAGCCCACGGCGUGGGCUUUAUAGAUAAUUGGCUAACUUUUUUGAGAAAACCUGGUCUUGUUAGGAGAGACGGCGUUCAUCCCACUUGGGAUGGAGCAGCUCUCUUAUCUAGGAAUAUUACUAAGUCUAUAACAUGACAACCCAUAGUUGGGACCAGGAAGCAGAGCUGCAGUGCUAAACACUUCUCUGCGCUCCCUCUGGAUCAGUCACAAAACCCCAUAGAGAUUGUGUCUGUUCACCGUCCGAUUAAAUUAUUGAAAUUAAACAAUAAUAGAGCGAGAACUCCACACAAAAAUUUAAUACAAAUUAAAACAACCUCUGAAACAAUACAGGAAACCCAGACUUUUAAAUGUGGUCUUUUAAACAUUAGAUCACUGGAAAAAAAGGCUCUUUUAGUUAAUGAAAUAGUCUCUGAUUACAACAUAGAUUUAUUGUCCCUCACUGAGACGUGGCUGCAUCCUGAUGAUUAUGUCAGUCUAAAUGAAUCUACUCCCCCCAGUCAUAUCAAUUCACAGGUUCCUAGAGAAAUUGGGCGAGGAGGUGGAGUUGCUGCUAUUUUUAACUCCAGUCUAUCAAUUAAUCCUAAACCUAAACUCAGCUACAAGUCAUUUGAAUGUCUGGUUCUUAGUCUUCCACGCCAAUCCAGGAACCACCAACAGCCAAUCAUAUUUGCCGUAGUUUACCGUGCUCCCAGGGCUUAUACUGAAUUUUUAAAGGAAUUCCCUGAGUUUUUAUCAAACUUAGUCCUAAAGACCGAUAAAAUUAUUAUUGUUGGUGACUUUAAUAUUCAUGUUGAUAAUAAUAAAGAUUGCCUUAGCGUAGCAUUUAUUUCAAUACUAGACUCUAUUGGUUUCAGUCAGUGUGUGCACAAACCUACUCAUUGUGGUAACCACACACUUGACCUUGUAUUAUCGUACGGUGUCGCAAUUGAAAAUUUAACAGUACUUCCGCGCAAUCCAGUUCUAUCAGACCAUAAUUUAAUAACCUUUGAUUUUUCAAUAACUGAAUAUAUGCCACUAAUAAAAAAUUCAUUUUCUAGAUGUCUACCUGAUAGUGCUGUAGCUAAAUUUAAGGAAAUAAUCCCGGUUACAUUUAAACCCGUAUUAGCAGUAGAUAUAAACAACAAAUUCUUUAAAACCCUGAGCUCCAUUGAGAUCGACCACCUCGUCGAUAGCUCUGCAGACUCAUUACGAUUAACAUUAGACUCAAUAGCGCCUCUAAAAAAGAAAAAUGUCAAACAUAGUAAAUUAGCUCCGUGGUAUAAUUCCCAGACAAAUGAGUUAAAACAAUUAUCAAGAAAACUAGAAAGGAAGUGGCGCUCCAGCAACAAUGUUGAAAACCUCAUAGACUGGAAGAAUAGUGUUAAAGAAUAUAAAAAGGCUCUCCACAAAGUAAGAGCCGCCUACUAUUCAAAACUAAUAGAAGAGAAUAAAAAUAACCCCAGGUUUCUCUUCUGCACUGUAGCCAGGCUGACAGAGAGUCACACCUCCACCGAACCCAGUAUUCCUCCAUCCCUAAAUAGCAAUAUCUUUAUGACCUUUUUUAAUGAUAAAAUUCAAACUAUUAGAAAUAAAAUCAACCAUCUCCUGCCCUCAAUUGGCACUAAUACCCUCCCAACAACAGAGAUCUCAGAAACGGCUGAGAAUCCUACCCAUUACUUAGACAGCUUCUCUCUGAUCACCCGUGAUCAGUUUACCAAAUUAAUCUCAGGUUCUAAACCAACAACCUGUAUCUUAGAUCCCAUUCCUACCAACUUACUUAAAUACAUUCUGCCCCUAAUUGAUAGUUCGUUACUUAACAUUAUCAAUCUGUCAUUAUCAUCAGGUUAUGUACCACAGUCUUUUAAAAUAGCUGUCAUCAAACCCCUACUCAAAAAACCCACCCUAGACCCAGAGGUUUUAGCCAAUUACAGACCAAUAUCUAACCUCUCCUUCAUUUCUAAAAUCUUAGAAAAAGUGGUAGCCAAUCAGCUGUGUGAGUUUCUCCAGGAAAAUAAUAUAUAUGAAGACUUUCAAUCGGGGUUUAGAGCCAAUCACAGUACAGAGACAGCCUUGGCAAAAGUCACUAAUGACCUUUUAAUAGCCUCAGAUCAGGGACUUGUGUCUGUCCUCGUUCUGUUAGAUCUCAGUGCAGCAUUCGACACAAUUGACCAUCAAAUUUUAUUACAAAGACUAAAACAGUUAAUUAACAUUAAUGGAACCGCCCUUAACUGGUUUAAAUCGUAUUUUUCUGAUCGCUCCCAAUUUGUGCAAAUUAAUGAUGAGUCAUCUGUGCGCACCAAAGUUAAUCAUGGUGUUCCACAGGGCUCUGUGCUCGGCCCAAUUUUAUUCUCAUUAUAUAUGCUUCCACUAGGAAACAUUAUCAGGACACACUCGGUAAAUUUCCACUGCUAUGCGGAUGACACCCAGUUAUAUUUGUCAAUAAAACCUGAACAAAGUAAUCAAUUAACUAAACUUCGAACAUGUCUCAAGGACAUAAAAACCUGGAUGACCCGCAAUUUUCUCUUAUUAAACUCAGACAAAACAGAGGUUAUAAUACUUGGCCCCAAACACCUUAUAGAUGCAUUAUCUAAUGAUAUAGCUGCGCUAGACGACAUUGCCCUUGCUUCCAAUGAAACAGUCAGGAACUUGGGAGUGAUCUUCGAUCCUGAUUUAUCCUUUAAUAGUCACUUAAAACAAAUUUCUAGGACCGCUUUUUUCCACUUGCGUAAUAUUUCAAAAAUUAGACAUGUCCUUUCACAAAAAGAUGCAGAAAAACUAGUCCACGCCUUUGUUACAUCGAGACUGGACUAUUGUAAUUCAUUAUUAUCAGGCUCCAGCAGGAAGUCGUUAAAGACUCUACAGCUUGUCCAAAAUGCUGCAGCACGUGUCCUGACGAGAACAAAGAGAAGAGAGCACAUUUCUCCAAUAUUAGCAUCGCUACACUGGCUUCCAGUUAAAUCUAGAAUAGAAUUUAAAAUUCUCCUCCUCACCUUCAAGGCCCUUAAUAAUAUAGCGCCUUUAUACCUUAAAGAGCUGUUAAUACCUUAUAAACCCACUAGAGCACUCCGCUCCCAGAAUUCAAGCCUACUUGUCGUCCCUAAAUUCUCUAAAAGUAGAGUAGGAGCCAGAGCUUUUAGCCAUCAAGCCCCUCGGCUGUGGAAUAAUCUACCACUUUCAGUUCGGGAGGCAGUCACCAUCUGUUCGUUUAAAAGUAGGCUCAAAACCUUCCUUUUUGAUAAAGCUUAUAGUUAGAGCUAAUUAGUGCGCCAGAACGUUACUUGUUCUAUUUUAUGACACAUGACACACGGAGCUUCUCUUUCCAGCUUCUCCUUCCUCUUCUCCAUCCCUAUCCCCCUUCCCCGGAAUCCCUUUGCUUUAUCACCCGCAGAUCCAGGGCCUCUGUGGCCGCACCAUGGAUUACGGUUUGUGGAUCGCGCACCGGGGGUCGCGGUGUUGGAUCCAGUGUGGCGGAUUCUGAGUCAUGUGGGCUGAUCGUGGUGCUGGUGGCGGACCCUGUGUCGCGUUGGCAUUGGGCACGGGCGGUGGACCAGGACCGCAGUGGUGGCUUGUGAUGGGUCCUCCUGGUGGGCGGCGGUGGACGGUGACUGAGGACUGAAGUGGCGUCUGGUCUGGAUGGUGGAUCGUGGUCUAGAUGGUUGCUGAGCAUGGACUGUGCUUCAUCAAUGCUGCUAGAGACUUUGAUUAUUGAUGAUGUUCUCCUGCACGUGGCAUCUAUUGCACUUCUGUCCGUCCUGGGAGAGGGAUCCCUCACAUGUGGCUCUCUCUGAGGUUUCUACAUAUUUUUACCCUGUUAAAAGGGUUUUUUGUAGUUUUUCCUUACUCUUGCUGAGGGUUAAGGGCAGAGGAUGUCACACCCUGUUAAAGCCCUAUGAGAUGAAUUGUAAUUUGUGAAUAUGGGCUAUACAAAUAAAAUUUGAUUGAUUGAUUGAUUGAUUCUCCUAUAACUACAACUACUACUACAACUUAUAAUAAUAAUAAUAAUAACAACAAUGAAGCAGAAGGGUAUAAUUAAAGAAAGAAUAGUUUCAGUUAAGCCAUGAUAAGGUAAUCCUUUAGUAGUUGCACUCCAGGUAAUUUAGCUGUACAGCAGCAAAAGGAUCUUAUAAAAGAAAAAGAAAAACAUAAAUACAUAAUAAAUAAAAUAAACAUGCGAUACAAUCUAAACAAAAUAAUUCCUGUUGCCACCAGGGGGCGCUGUGAUUUUCAGUCACGAUUUUUGUGUAGAUGUCAUCAGGUCGCGACUAUUGUCUUACAUGUCUAGAUGGAGUUUAAUUAAACUUUGAUGCCACGCCACGGUCACAUGGUAUGACGAAACGUUGAAAUCCGAGCAAGUUUAGAUCUCCAUCUUGUUGUGAUGACACUCAACUAAAAUUUAAGUUGAUCUAAUGAAAGCCCUUCGAUAAAGUAUGUCAAAGUGAAAAUGCGGAAUAUGGCCAAAAUUCCUGUUGCGUUUUUCAUGAUGCUCCUUGAGGUUUUUUCUAUGAUUGGUCACGAUACACCUUUGCCCCGAUUUUGGUGAAAAUUGGUUAUGUGUUUCAGGUUGGGCUGUUGAGCCUUUUUGCAUCGAUUAUUUCAAAAUACUUCAAAUUUUCAAAGAUUUUGAGCAUGUGAAGCCCUCAAAAAGCCAAUUCACCACGCUUAGAAUAAUCCUUACAAGUUCAAUAGGGCCUCUCACCAUUCGGUGCUGGGGCCCUAAAAGGAAUAAUCCUUUAAAUUUCAAUAGGGCCUCACACCCUUCGGUGCUCGGGCCCAAACAAGAUCGUAAAUGAAACCCCAGUAUCAUAGAAACAAAAAAAUAAUAUACAUAUAUAUACACAUACUUAAAUUCAAAUGCAUAUUGUCCUUUCGAAUUACAGAAUAGAACCAGCUAUAAAAUACAAUUUCUAAAAUUGCUAGGACUGCAAAGUAGCACUGGGCGGGCCCGAGCACAUGCAUUUUGAAACGUUGCAUGCGUUUUGCCUGAAAAAAAUAAAUAAUGACUGAGGAAAUAUUGAUACAUAGAACUGUUCAGGCUUGGACUCUGAUCAUGAGACAGAAGUUUGGUGGUGAUAGGACAAUGUAGUGGAGUUAUGAACAUCGUCUCCUUUGGCGAAUGAUGAACCUUCGCCGCACCUCAAUGUUUCAAUGUUUACACGGUUUGAGAAUUGUACCAAUACUGAGAGAGAGAGAGAGAGAGAGAGAUGUCACCUUUGCAAGAAUUAAUUAAAGAUGGUCUUUUUUGA